AUGUUAUCGGAUGCCUCUUCAAAUAUGCGUAAUGUCGAUAAGUUGUGGAUUGUGCCCUGCUACGGUGCGUUACCACCACGAGAACAGUUGAAAGCGUUCGAUUCAACUCCACACGGUACCCGGAAGGUAGUGGUUGCGACAAAUAUUGCUGAAGCCUCAGUUACCAUCCCAGGAGUGGCGUACGGUAUCUGCUUUGCUCGGGAGGAUUUUGCUCCUGGCAAAUCAAAUGAAUCUAUCUAUUUUCAGGUCUGCGAAAUGUUAUCGGAUGCCUCUUCAAAUCUGCGUAAUGUCGAUAAGUUGUGGAUUGUGCCCUGCUACGGUGCGUUACCACCACGAGAACAGUUGAAAGCGUUCGAUUCAACUCCACACGGUACCCGGAAGGUAGUGGUUGCGACAAAUAUUGCUGAAGCCUCAGUUACCAUCCCAGGAGUGGCGUACGUUGUGGACUGCGGCUUUGUCAAGUUGCGUGCUAUGAAUCCGGACAACGGUAUUGAAACACUGAUGCGGCUGCCAAUAUCAAAAUCAUCAGCUGAACAGCGAGCUGGACGAGCGGGUAGAAUACGGCCUGGCAAAGCGUAUCGGCUGUACCCCGAGUCGCAGUAUGAAAAGUUAUGCGAGGGUACGAUUCCCGAAAUUCAACGUUGCCACCUCGCACCGGUGAUUCUGCAACUGAAGGCUUUAGGGAUUCAGAACGUUCAUAAAUUUCACUACCUGUCGAGACCACCUUCCUGGUCAGUUAUCAAUGCGCUUGAAUUACUGUAUGCUUUGGGUGCUUUGGAUGAAAAAUGCAUGCUCACGAAUCCACUUGGUCUUCGAAUGUCCGAGUUUCCUUUGCCGCCCAUGCACAGCAAGUGCUUGCUGACGUCAGGCGACUUUGGAUGCAGCGAAGAGAUUGCUACAAUUAUUGCGAUGCUUCAAGUUCAGGAUGUGUUUUUGACACCGACGAGGAAUAGAAAUAGAUCCGAAGAAAUAAAGCGCCGAUUUGCUGCUGAAGAAGGCGAUCAUAUCGCGUAUCUGAAUAUGUAUACGAUGUUCAUUCAGAAUAACAAAAGCAAGAAGUGGUGCGGAGAUCAUUUUCUGAACUACCGUGGUCUUUGCCGAGCUGAGAACGUCCGCGCGCAAUUAAUCAGGCUUCUACGAAGAUUUGAAGUGCCUCUGGUCUCAGUGCGUGGAGAAACUGAUGCCGCGACGAAGAUAAUCCGAUGCUUAGUUUCUGGUUUCUUCUCACAGGCGGCCAGAUAUCAUUACACGGGAAAGUAUGUGACAGUGAAGGAGGAAUUCCCGUUCAAUGUCUAUAAAGGAUCGGUGAUAAUGUACAAAAAAGACUACCCAAAGUGGGUGAUCUUCACAGAGGCAAUGCAAGAUUCAAUCCGAGACGUUUCCGUUAUUGAACCCCAUUGGUUAUAUGAACUCGCUCCGCACUAUUACGAAUUUGGAACGGUGAGAUGUUUCGCGGAUUCUCCGUUGCUAGCGGUAGUUAUGACGUAUGACUAUAUUCCGAGUAAACUUGGAUAG